AUGAACAAUACAUCAAUAGAAAUUUGUUCCGACAGUUCGGAUUAUGGCAAUGCAUCACAUAACUCUCAUAUUAUUUGGUCUAUUUGUGGAUUUGUAUUUAUUAUGUUUGGUAUACCGGGUAAUUUAUUUCAAAUCUUACUUAUGUCGAAUAAAACCAAUCGUAAAGAACCAACAUCAUUAUAUUGGAUAGCUAUUGCUAUAUGCGAAAUCAUUUUUCUUGCUGGGAUGUUUUGGUUAUGGUGCGUUAGUAUGUCAAUAAUCAAAACUGAUCCACGAGAAAUAUUUUCGUGUGGCAUAUUUUAUAGUAUUCUUAUUGGAUCAACGAUAUUAUCAAAUCUAUAUUUAGCAUCAAUGUCUGUCAGCCGUGCUCGCAUGACCAUAUCUCCUAUCCGUCAUCGUCUUGUAAUAACUCGACGUCGUAUUUUUAUACGUAUUCUUUCAAUUUUUAUCACAGUUAUCAUAAUUAUGAUUCCACAUCAUUUUUAUUUCUAUUACGAUAGUAAAACAACAAUAUUUAUUUGUGAGUUCUAUGCAUAUAUCGAUCAGUGGAAAAUACAUAUGUGGCCAUUUAUGCAUGCUGUAUUAUUUGUUUCAUUACCAUCAAUACUAACAUGUAUAUCAGCAGUAAUUUUAUUACGAAAUCGUUAUAAUCAUAGAAAAAAACAAAAAAACAAGUUAAGUGAAAGUGCACGACAAAUGGAAAGAAAUUCCGUAGUAUUAUUAUGUAUUUCAAUAGCUAUUUUAUUUUCUUUAUUGCCUACUGCCAUAUUGGAGAUCUUUAUCGUACAUGAUCUUCUUUUCAAUCAACGAAGUCAUUGUACAAAAAGAUUGAAAAUGUAUAGAAUUUUAGUCAACUGGUUUUGGAUAUUUUCAUCUUUGACGUAUGCAUUCAAGUUCUAUUUACGGCUAGCUAUAUCGAAAGCGGUUCGAAGAGAUUUUUCUGAACUAAUUCGAUGUUCACUUCGACAAGAACAAAACAACAACGCACAAAUUUAA